AUGGCGAUCUGUACUUAUAACGCACGUACGCUUGCAUCGGAAGUGGCCAUCGAAGAUCUGAUGAUGCAAGACAAGAAGAUCAAGUACGACGUCAUCGGACUGACCGAGACGAGACGACGUCACCCUCUCAACGCCGUAUAUGAAACUGGAGAAGAACUGUUCUUAGGAACAUGCAGUAGGACAGUAGAGGCGUUGGUGGAGUUGGCGUCCUUGUGA